UGCGCACUCCCCGCUCCCCCAAAUCCUCUUCCCGCCCCGCUAAAUGUCUGGCACGUUCUCGUUGCUGACAGCGUGCGGACACACCAGAGCUGAGUGCUGGGGAGCCCGUCCCCCCAGGCUUUUAUAAAGUCUGUGGAGUGAGGAUGUGGCGCGUAGGUCACCUGUUACAGUGCGCGCAAAACUGUGUUUUGUGCGCGUGUAACACUUUCGCUUGGAGAGCACGUAGGAGAGUGAAAACAUGGUGGGAGAAGCGUGUAUGUGUUCAACACUCGGGACAUUGGACUUUGUGCGAGAACUCUGCUCUUUGCUGUAGGCCCGGGACUGGGGGGGUCAGAGCCUGUCUUCAGUCAGCUCUGAGUCUAGAGUGUGGUGCAUGGAGGUGCUCAAGCGCUCACAAGCGGAAAACGGACUACUUCAGAGCUGGUCUGUGUGUCUACACGUUGUGGUUUCUGGCUUGGUUUUGCCCGGUGUCAGGCAUGUGCCAUCUCUGUAGGGUUUGGUGUCUGAGUUGUGUAAAUCUGCCUUUCUGGUCUUAGGUCUUCCCACCCUGCUCCCUGGCACCCACCACCCCGGGGUCUGCCCACACUCCACACUUCAGGCCUUUGCGCUCUCCUGUGUGCUGCUUCCACACCCUGAGUUCUCUCAUUGGCAUCUGCUGCACUGGCAUCAUUGGCCACUGCUAAGCGCCCUUUAGUCACACGUUGCAUGCACAGAUGCUUUGAAGAGAUAAUCAGGAAGCAAAAGUGAGUCAUGUGGUUUGGUGGAGCCUGGGAGACUCGGGAGCCUCAGCACCCUGGCUGGAAGGGCCCCCAGUUACUUGCCAUGAACUAGUUAUGUCCACGUUGAAUGUGGGCCUAGGUGGCCAGGGUUUUCAUUUUUGCAAGGCACGUUUGAGAUCUGGACUUGGCCGUGAAUUCCAGGGUUUCCAUGGUAGCAAUUACUAUGAACACUGGACACCAUGGGCCGAUGUCACCUGCUUAUGGUCGUGGGCAGUGCUGCUUCUGGUGCUUUCGCCAUGGAUCUUGCUCCCGAUUCUGGCCGCCUUCUCUUGGUUCUCUUAGACAUGAGUGAUGACCUUGGGGUGCUGCCUCGGUCGUUGACGGGCUGAGUCUAGGAUUGCGCAUAGUACAUGCCAGAUAAAUGGUUAAAAAACUGGGAAUCACCCCUCCCAAGCAACACCACUGAGAAUUAAGGAAGAAACUGUCCACAUACCCAACGUGGAUGGUUCCCGAGGGACUCCCGCAGUGUGGACACAGUUGAUCUCAGAAGGUUCCAUGCUGCAGGCAAUGGUCUAAUCAUGUCGGAUAAAGAUGAUGCUGAAACUGCAGUGAUAACUGAAGCGCCCCUCUGCGCUGGAGGUGGGGACCAUGAGGGCGCCGAGAAUGCUGGGCCUGCUGCCCAGAGUGCCACGCCAGAGGACAGGCCAGAACCUGUAGCUUCCACUCGGAAAAGACCCGAGUCUAAGCCCUCCAGCGACCUUGAGACUGCACAAGCUCUCUCUGCUCAGGAAACUGUUUCCAAAGAUGUUCCCCAGACUGGAUGGGGCUAUUGGGGCAGCUGGGGCAAGUCCUUGCUCUCCUCGGCCUCGGCCACAGUAGCCACAGUUGGACAAGGUAUUUCAAACGUCAUUGAAAAGGCAGAGACUUCCCUGGGAAUUCCUAGUCCUAGUGAGGUUUCCGCGGAGGCCCAUCAUGCUACAGGCGAGCCCGGCGCCGCGGAGGACAGCUCGGCCGCGGCGGGGCCCUUCGGCGUGCUCGCCACCAUCUCCACCGCCGUCCAGAGCACGGGCAGGAGCGUCAUCAGCGGGGGUCUGGACGCCCUGGAAUUCAUCGGGAAGAAGACGAUGGACGUCAUAGCAGAAGGGGACCCCGGCUUUAAAAGAACCAAGGGCCUGAUGUACCGGAACGCGACGCUCUCUCAGGUUUUACGGGAGGCAAAGGAGAAGGAGGAGCUGUCGACCUCCAAUGAGGUUACCAUGGAAAUGGACAAAAAAAUUCAUUACGGGCUGCUCUUUGAUGAGUUCCAAGGCCUUUCACACCUGGAGGCCCUGGAGAUGCUCUCCCGGGAGAGUGACAUAAAGGUGAAAUCUAUUCUUAAUUCUCUGAGUGGAGAAGAACUGGAGACUCUCAAACUUGAAUUGGAGCAACUCAAAGAAGCGUUUUCCCUGGCGGAGUUCUGUGAGGAAGAGGAGGAAGAACGGAAAGGGGAUGAAGACUUUACCAAAGAGGUAACGGAGCUGUUUGGCCAGCUGCGGGUCUCCUCCCGGCCGGAGAAACUCACCAGGGCAAGAAGCUCAGCCUAUGAGUGGGUCAGGACGGUUCUGGCCCAGCCAUCAGUGGAAAGGGAAGGGGGAGAAGAGCAGUUGGAAGCAGAAACCGAACAACUGAACAGCGUUUCCAUCGAGGACAUCCACGCCUCUGCCAUCCGGAGCCUCGCGGAGCUGACGGCCUGCUCCAUCGAACUGUUUCACAAAACGGCGGCCCUGGUCCUGCAUGGCGGGAAGCAGGACGUGACUGCCUUAGACCGGGGCCGGGCCCUUUCCCAGAUGACCGUGGCGCUGUGCAGAGAGCUGUCCUUCCUGUCCAAGGAGUUCACCAGCUGCCUGACCGCCGCUGGGGUUAGAGAAAAGGCAGAUGUUCUGAAUCCGGUGAUCACGGCAGUAUUUCUAGAGGCUUCGAACAGCGCGUCGUACAUCCAGGACGCCUCCCAGCUCCUCCUGCCCGUGCUGGAGCUCUCCCUCAUCGAGAGCCAGGCGGACACCCGGAAGCAUGAGCGUGGGCGCCGCGCCCUCACCAGGACGGUCAAGAGCGGAGGCCCUUGAGCUGCAGCACGCAGGCAGGCGGGCUCCCAGAAGGCUCAGGUCUCCGCACGGCUCUCCGUAGUUGUUACACUUGUUUGAAGAAGCUUUCGUAGAAAGUCCAGGAAUAGUAAGUAGCUCUAGAUAAGGGUCCCGGGACGCUCAGGCAGAGGCGCGGGUGUCUGUCUGGCACGAUGCAGAACACCAGCGGCUUGCUACGGUUCUGAUUGGCAGCCCAUGGAUGUAAGUGGUUGUUAAGCAAGAGGGAAAGAAAUGAAUUUAAGAUUGUAGAUGCAUCUGCUCGGCCUGUUAAUGCCGUGUACAUUCUCCUUUCUGUAAUAAACCUGCGACUUUUAGAAAACCAAGGAUUGUAAAUUCUUGUGUAACAAGCACCC